GUCCACAGUGGGGGGUAUUUGUCGGUUAGCGUUGUCCAAAACCAAAAGCAAACAUGCUUUGAAGCUGGGUGGAGUUGUUUACUGUAAAUGCCACUGUAUAGAAUAUAACACUCAAUCUUAUAAAUAAGCGAUAUUUUUGUCCAAGAACACUGACGCAGCCGUCAGCCCUACUAAUGUAUGGAAGCGACUAUUUGACUCUAUGUGAUAAAGGACGAGUGUUUUGAAUACUUGCAAGCUGCAGUCCACAUGAAUAACCUGAAUGAUCCUCAGGACUGGAAUAUAAGGCCAGAGAGGGAUGGUGGUGGUGACAGCAGCAAGUGGAACUAUGCCCUCCUGGUGCCCAUGCUGGGACUCGCUGCCUUUCGAUGGAUCUGGUCCAAAGAGUCUCAAAAGGAAAUCGAGGAGGCCAAGGUCAAGUACGAAAAGAGCAUAGAGACGAUCCAGAAGGACCUGGAUGUGAAAUACCGACAGACGCUCUCUGAAAGCCGCAGAGAAACGGCUCAGCUCGAGCUUGAUCUAGAGAAGGAAAAGCUGCGGGUGCACGGCUACCGUCAAGCCCUGGCUUCCCAGAGUCGGCAGCUCGAGGAGGAACAUCGAGGCAUGAGGUUGGAACGUGACGCUCUAGAAAACGAAAAAUCUAGAUUGCGUUACGCAGGACCUGGUGGCGCCCUCUUUCACGAGGCCCUGGAAAAGGAGAAAGAGCGAGAGCGGAGGGCUUCGCUGGCUCUGAAGGACGUAGAGUACAGGUUGGUGGAGAGGCAGAGGGCCUUUUGCAGUAUUUUGGUGCCCCGUGUGAGGAGGGUGGAGGUGGAGAAGGACCUUCUGGUUCAUACGGCUAAAGAACCCCUUCUUGCACAUCUGGAGAUGGAGGACGGUCUCAGGGAUAUCUUUAAGAAUGAUCGCAGUUGUGCUGAGUAUCUCAACACAGAUGAGCGCAGGAAUGGGAGUCUGAUGUGGCUGUAUCUCAAAUACUGGAGGCUGCAGCUCACUCUUCAGUCACACCAGAGAGCUGAGGCGGCUAUACUCGGCGUACAGAGAAAAGUGACACUGGGAGAUCAGAAAUUAAUCUGUAUCACUAAAAUGAUGUAUUAAGAUCUCAUUGUCAAUAAAGUUAAUAAGAAUCAA